GUUCGGAUGGUUCGGAGAAGUUCUGCUUUACAGUACAGAGAUUUGGAAGCUUAAAAUUGAUUAAUGGAAGUGAAUUUCCAUAGUAAAUUGUUCUCCUUAUUUCUAUUUGCAUCUUUGUGUGUAAGAUUUUUGAUGUCAUAAAAUCGUUGACAAAUGAAGAGCUGAAGAUAAGGAAGGAUCUCUAUUGCCUAACCCUACUUUCUCCGUGUCCAGACUGAUUUUCGCACGUGAUAAAUUACUAUGGCCGUCAACAUUGGAUGUCUUUCCAAUUAUUAUGUUUAGUCUACCAUACGAAAAAUAAUUUUACGUGAAUAAUUUCAACCAUUCUAGAUAAAAGUGUGAAGAUGGACACAAGUUUUGUUUGCGUAUGUCCAUUACUGUAGGUAUUUGGACUCAUCCUUUUUCGAUUAGGAACAAGAGCUUUCCUCGGAGAGUUGAAAACCUUUGAAGCGCCUCUCUUUAGCAGCAGGCUGUCUCGUCACCAUGAACUCUAUGGAGGAAGGCGCCAGUCCUGACGUUUGGUCGCAGGAAACUGUUGAUCUUCUAGGCUCCAUCCUAGAAACUUAUCGCAAAAACGACGAAGAGAAACUGCUCAAACUAGAGGACGAUGUAAACACAAUGAAGGGCCUCAUUCAAUGCUCUCUGGCGUCACGCAUACUCAGUGUCCAGAAAGAAAACGAAGCCUUGCUCCUCGAGCAAGCCCAGACUCAGAGAGAGCUAACCAGUGUUCAGAAUGAACUAUCUGCGACCAGGGAAGAGCUCGAAAAAGCCCUGAACUUUCAACAAAUGCAACGAAAAGAUCAAGAAGAGCUUACAACCGUCCGGAGCGAAUUAGCUGCGACAAAGCGAGAGCUAGAACAAGUGAAAAGGCAGUGCGCGGCUGCCAAAAAAGUAGCGACAGAUUUGCAGAAAAAGCAGUCGAUGCUGGAAAAAACCAAUCAGUCACUGAGAAGUGAGAAAGAAAGUUAUUUAGAGCGACUGACCCAACAAAGUUCCUACUGCGUAUCGCUAGGAGACGUAAUGGGAACACUUCUCUGGAAAUGUACAAGUUUGCCCGAGACUAUCGAACUACUUUCCCGAACGGAGAAGACGAAAGAACUGCUACACUUGGCGGCAACGACGCUGAAUACUUUCAUUGCAUCUUGUCCCGACUCCUUUCCUGAGGAAGGUUCCCGUGAGUUAUUGUUCAUAUCUUCCCUGCUUGGAAUCAUCGCAAAUCUAGUGACUGUAAAAGAAGGCUGUUUCACGCUCACUUCCACCUUCAUCGGAGCAGGGACUUUCAUCGGCCCAAUUCUAGAAGCUCUACCCACCAUUUACUUGAAAGCCGGAGAUAAUCUUAGAUCAACUAUACUCCUACUCCUACACAAUCUAAGUUUUUAUGAGGAUGGUGUCAAAUCCAUGAAGGAAUAUUUUACGUCAAAUCUACAAAUUCUUGGAGCGGCCAUGAAGACCAACACAAACGAGCAUUCGUUGAUGAUAUCCCUUCUCACACUCCUCGCCUUAACCCGAAACAUCGGUGAUGUCACGUGCUAUCAGUCUCUUAUACAAACAAUCCCAAGAAGCGAGUUAGAGAAUUUGAAAUACGACAGUCCAAGCCACGAUGUUAAAAAUGCCAUUUCCAGUAUUCUAAAGAAUUAUGAACAAUUCGAAGUGGAGUUUCGAAGACACCCUAGGAACAAAUUAUUUUGAUCCUUUCAGCCAUCCAUACCCCUAUUUUCUCCUGACCUCAGUGAAAUUUUUAUUUCCUCUAGAUUUUUUCAUAUUUGUUAUC